AUGGCAAGAUUCCAGUGCUAUCCCGUCGACGACCCGAAUUCACUAUGGCUCUUCUGCCCUUCAUACAACGCGGCAAUCGCAUUUUCCGUACUGUUCGGCCUGACUAUCCUGGCUCACAUCUUCCAAGCCUGUCUGCACCGCAAACCAUUCCUCAUCGUUCUGAUCAUGGGGAAUCUAUGGGAAGUCGGCGGCUACAUCGCCCGCACGUUCUCCGUCACGGAGCAGAAGAACGUGACAUACUACACCUUCCAGCAGCUCCUCAUCAUCCUCGCCCCGCUCUGGAUCAACGCAUUCUGCUACAUGUGCCUGGGACGUAUGAUACACUGCUUUAUGUCUCCCAAAGAGGACAAGGUCUUCGGCUUGCGCGCGCGCCACCUUGGAACCAUGUUCGUGCUUGCUGAUAUCUUCGCCUUCAUCGUACAGCUCUCCGGCGCCAUGCUGCUCGGACCCGACAUGUCCGCCUCCCUGCAGAAGACCGGCCUGAAUGUCUACAUGGGCGGCGUCGGGAUGCAACUUUUCUUCAUCUUUGUCUUCCUGAGCAUCGCCGUCAAAUUCCAGCUCAUGCUCCGCCAUCACGGCGCCUACUACACCACUCUUGGCAGCAGCAGCAGUAGCAACAGCAACAACAACGAUCUCUCAGCCGCUGAACUGGCUCACAACACCACCUACGACCCCAACCGCACGUCCUCUCUAGACCCCAACAUCCUCCACCACCAAACCUCCCAAGCCCCCACCCGCGCCCUACCACUGCUCUACGCCCUCUACGCAGCCCUGACCCUCAUCGUCUUCCGCAACCUCUACCGCCUCAUCGAAUUCUCCGCCGGCGUCGAAUCCUCCAUCACCAAGAACGAGUGGUACACCUUCGUCUUCGACUCGACGCCCAUGCUGCUCGCGUUGUUGCUCUUCAAUGUGUUUCACCCGGGUAGGUUCCUCAAGGGCCCCCGAGCGGACUUUGAGAUGGAAAAGGAGGAGAGGAGAACGGAGAAGAGGGCGAGGAAGGAGGCGAAGAGGGAGGCGAAGAUGGCCGUGGAGGGGAAAGGAGGAAAGGGCAGGGGGGUGGCAUGA